GAAAAAUGAUUGAUGCUGCUCCUUGGUCGCCCAUCCGAACCCCCAGGAAUGCUUUUCUCUCUGCAGUCACAUUUUCACUGCCGUUUACAAGAUUUUGACACAUUCCUCUUCGGUUGAACCGCCUACGGCCACCAUGGCUGACUCUGCCUCGAGCCAGCCCGGCCAAUCCAGCAACGGCCACCACAGCUUUGAACGCGCGGGGAGCGUGUCGCAAGCAUCAGAGACCUCGCAGACAGCGCAAGAAUUUAUAUCCUCGCAGCUGCAGCUAGAAGCAGAGGCAAGAGAAGUUCUGCCAUAUCAAUUCGACACGUGCACUCGUCCCCUAGGUCCUCUUCGCCAACUACUUUUCUCCUGUUUAACAUGCAACCCGCCGCCUUCAGACCCAACGGCACCUUAUACUCCUGCUGGAGUCUGCUAUUCCUGUUCCAUAUCCUGCCACGGCGAGCACACGCUCGUCGAGCUCUUCAACAAGCGUAAUUUUGUUUGCGACUGCGGGACCACACGCAUCACCUCGUCUGCGCCCUGCACACUCCGUCUCAAUUCGCAAGGCCAGAAAGGUAACGUAACCGGGGAAACUCCGGCGGAAGGGAACGAAUAUAAUCAAAACUUCGCAAAUAGGUUCUGUGGAUGCGGGGAAAUUUAUGAUGCACAUAGUGAGAAGGGAACUAUGUUUCAGUGCUUGGGGUUGGGCAAAUUGGCGGACGGAGGCUGCGGAGAGGAUUGGUGGCACCCGGAAUGUCUGGUCGGGUUGCCGAGGGGCUGGUGGAGAAAGAAUGGGAAGGAAGGCAAUGGCGCUGAGAGACAGGGCAAGGAGCCUGAGAGUGGAGAUGUUGGUUCCCAGGCCGUGGAAGAUGAAGAGGGGGACCCGCCAUAUCCACCAGGAUUCCCGCCUGAGGAUGACUUCGACGGCCUUUUAUGCUACAAAUGCGUAAAUGCGUUUCCCUGGAUUAAGCGAUACGCAGGAACAGAGGGAUUUCUUCCACCGGUGCACUAUAAUCCGCCAACGGGUGAGCAGCCUGUCACUGAAGCCAACACUAAUGGAGAAUCCAAAAAGCGGAAAGCAGAUGACGAAGGCGAGCAGGGCGAUGAUGAGUCCAGUGCAAAACGCGUGCGUAGCUCUUCACAGCCACCUGCAGAGUCUCUGAAACAGACAGACGAGGAAUCAACAGCAGCCAAAGAAGAAGAAAAGCCAGAGGCCAGCGCUGCUUCAUCGCCGACAUGUCGCUACGAAACGCUUCCAACAGCUCUGAUAGGAACAAUCUCACUUUGUCUUCAUCCCAACUUCCGAGAGUCUUUCUGCCGCUGCCCAACUCAUUUCCCCCUGCUAGCUCACCAUCCCCAACUUCUCGAGGAGGAGGAAACCUACGAACCCCCCAUCUCAGAAUCAUCUGAAGGCAUGGCCCAAUCCGCUGGUUCAAAGUCUCUACUCGACCGCGGCGAAGCAGCCCUUUCCAACAUUGAUCGCGUUCGAGCGAUUGAAGGUGUCAUGGUAUAUAAUCACCUGAGAGACAAGGUAAAGGAUUUCCUCAAGCCGUUCGCAGAGAGCGGCAAGGUUGUCGGGGCGGAAGACAUCAAAGCUUAUUUUGAGACACUGCGCGGCGAUGCUGAGGCUAUGAGAGAGAUGCGAGCAAAGCAAAGAGACCUAGGAGGAGGGGACGGAGAGAAUGAUUCGAGGAGAGAACAGGGCGGCUACUAGGUUUUCGUGGCUGAGAGCUUGUGAAAUGGUACCACUUGCGGACGCGAAGCUUUCUUCUCAGGGUGUAUAAGCUACUUUUCCCAAUCACGAUCUUCAAUUCUAUUUGUGCCCACGGGGGACACCCGGCGUCCUUCACGUAAAUCGGCCAGCAAAUGAAUGAAUUACGACGAACUUUCAAAUACAUGUUUUAUUACGAGAGCAUGAACAGUCACACAUGUAUGUACCAUCGCCGGCUAGGCAAUUUAUC